GGUUUAUGCUGUAAUUAUCAGUUUCUGAUUAAAUCUAAAUCAAAAUCAAAAUUACUAAAAUAUAUGAAGAAUCAUUUCACCAAUACUCUUCUAUAAAGACCAUUGGAGAUAUUAAAUUUUAAAACCGUUAUUUACCGCACCAGCUUGUCAAACGCACCGAGCAUCAUGGAAGACAAUAAUCAAUUAGUUAAAAACAAACCAACGUACAUAACUCAAUACAUAGCGACCGCGUGUUGCACUUUCGGUGCCUUAACUGUUGGCUCAGGUACAACAUAUGCAGCGCCCAGCACUGCUCAGCUGGGAGCCUUGGCUAAUGAAACAAAUUAUUCUUUAAUUGGAGGAGAACCACUGAGCGACUCUCAGCUCUCAUGGUUCAGCUCCAUCGUCAACGUUGGAGCCAUCCUGGGCGUGGUGCUUGGGGGUCUGGGCAUCAAUUGGAUCGGGCGACGGGGCACCAUGAUCGCCUGCCUCGUGCCCAACGUGCUGGGGUGGGCACUUAUAGGCUUGGCAUCGAACUUCGCAAUGCUGAUCGCCGGCCGAAUUUUUGUUGGCGUGAGCGCCGGAGUCGCCACCAUCGCCGUCCCCACCUACAUCGGGGAGAUCGCCUCCCCCGACAUCAGGGGGAUGUUGGGUUCGUGCUUCCAGCUGAUGAUGACAGUUGGCGUGCUGUUCGUCUUCGUGUUUGGUGCCCUCGAGUCUUGGCAGUGGCUCGCCCUGACAUGUCUGCUGCCCGCCGUGGUCUUCAGCGUCUCGAUGGUCUUCAACAUGGAGUCUCCAAGCUACCUGCUCGCCAAAGACAAGCAUGAAGACGCAAGGAUGUCUUUGCAACACUUUAGAGGCAAAGAGUGCAACGUUGACGCGGAGUUGACGCGUCUUCAAGACGCCGUUGCUUUUGCCCGCAACAACAGAGCUUCGUUCAGAGACCUGGGCAGACCUCACAUCAGGAGACCCCUGCUCAUCUCUGUCGUCUUGAUGGUCUUUCAACAAUUCUCUGGGAUCAGCGCGAUCAUGUUUAACCUAACCACAAUUUUUGAGAGCGCCGAGGCGGACAUGUCCGCAGAGAACUCGAGCAUCUUGGUGGCCGUGGUGCAGGUGGUGGCCACCGCCGUGGCCGCCGCCCUCAUGGACAGAGCUGGCAGGAGGCCGCUGCUCAUCGGGUCAUCAGUGGUGCUCGCCGCGUCUCAAGCGUCCAUGGGCAUAUAUUUCUACCUGCUGAGUGAAGACAAAGCUUCUAACUUGAGUUGGCUACCCAUCACCUCCCUCAUGAUCUUCAUCUUCGCUUACAGCACAGGGUUUGGACCCAUCCCUUGGGUUAUGAUGGGAGAGAUUUUCUCGCAUGACGUGCGUGAGCUCGCUGGCAGCUUGGCCGCCAUCACGUCUUGGUUGUUCGCAUUCAUCAUCACGCUGAUUUUCAGGCCCCUACAGGAAGCCAUCCACGACUACGGAGUGUACUGGUUCUUCUCAGGCAUGUGCGUCGUGAGCGUGUUCUUCUCAGUCUUCGUAGUGAAGGAAACGAAGAGGAAGACCAUGGAAGAAAUUACGGAAAUGUUUGGAGGGACACCGAAAAAUGUGUCGGAAAAUUCUUAAAUGAGGAUAGCCACAGCUAAUAUGACUAAUAUUCACGAAAAUUAAAUUAAUUCAU